AUGGAAGUCUUCACAGAGUAUGCCUAUAAUGAGAGCUUCUUUGAAAAUGGAUCCCAGGACUUCAAUGUUACAGAACAAGGGGGGAAGCACCAGUACAAUUACUACGCCAUGCUUCUCACACUGCUCAUUUUCGUCAUUGUUUUUGGCAAUGUGCUGGUGUGUAUGGCCGUUUCCAGGGAGAAAGCCCUGCAAACUACCACCAACUACCUGAUAGUCAGCUUAGCCGUGGCUGACCUGCUAGUGGCGACUCUUGUAAUGCCAUGGGUGGUGUACCUUGAGGUGGUGGGAGAGUGGCGGUUCAGCACAAUCCAUUGUGACAUCUUUGUCACCCUGGACGUGAUGAUGUGCACAGCAAGCAUACUCAAUCUGUGUGCCAUCAGUAUUGACAGGUAUACAGCAGUAGCCAUGCCUAUGUUAUACAACACACGAUACAGCUCUAAGAGGAGAGUCACAGUCAUGAUUUCUGUGGUGUGGAUUCUGUCUUUUGCUAUAUCAUGUCCACUGCUGUUUGGACUGAAUAAUACUGUCACCCAUGAUGAUGCCCUGUGUGUGAUUGCAAAUCCAGCCUUUGUUGUGUACUCAUCCAUUGUAUCCUUCUACGUACCCUUCAUCAUUACUCUGCUAGUAUACGUGCAGAUCUACGUUGUGCUGCGUAAGAGACGGAAACGCGUCAACACCAAACGCACCUUUCCAGUUACAGACGUGGAAAUGAGCUCCACUUUAAAGGGAAAAUGCACCCACCCUGAUGAAGUGAAACUGUGCACUGUGAUCGUCAAGUCUAGUGGGAAUUUUCCUGUGAACAACAAAAAUGUGGAGGUGGUAAACAAUGGGGAUGACAUCCAAAUGGAUGAAAUCACAAACUUAAACCCUCAAAGACAAAGGAAGCAGGAUCAGUCUGCUGCAAGUCAACAACACAGCAGGCUUGUUAACUCUAAUGUAAGAGAGACUGACAUAUCACCCCCAUCGCCUGAAGGUGGUGUCAAAUCUAAAAGAAAUGGAAACACCAGUAAUAUAACUAAAGUGACCAAAGCCUUUGAGAUCCAGGUCUCGCCCAAUGGCAAGACACAGACAUCGGUCAAAAGUCUGAACAAACGCAAAAUCUCCCAGCAGAAGGAGAAGAAAGCCACUCAAAUGUUAGCUAUCGUCCUUGGUGUAUUUAUCAUCUGCUGGCUGCCGUUCUUUAUUACACACAUUGUGAACACUUACUGCCAAGUCCCUCCUGAACUCUACACUGCAUUUACGUGGUUGGGUUAUGUGAACAGCGCUGUUAAUCCCAUCAUAUACACCACUUUCAACAUCGAGUUUCGCAAAGCUUUCAUUAAGAUUCUUCACUGUUGAGAGCAACUUGUUCAAUGAAGCAAAAGGGAUUGAAACAAUACCUCAUCUGUAGUA